AUGGAUCCGCUCCAUAGUUUCCUGUCGUCUAUUUCUCCGGCACGCGCCAAGUCACCCACUCCGCCCGCCAAACCCAUACGAUCCAAGUCGCCUACUCCGACACCGACACCUGCACAGCCUUCGAAAUCGCGAUUCAGACGACAUCCGACACCCUCGGCCUCUUCGUCUAAUCUGCUUGUUCCUACGCCUCAUACGGCCGGAGUAAGCGCGAGUGCAUCGACGAGUAAUCUCCGAUCGCCCAGUCCCACCCAGAGCCGCUUUGGCAAGAUGCUUGCCCAGCCUAUCUUCCAUCUCCCGCGCUCCCGCUCCCCGAAGCCCCCAGAGACGACCAAACUCGAAGUCCCGAGCAUCAUCGACAGCAGCUCUUCCACAUCGCUUGUUGCCCCCAGUGUUCCUGCCAGGUCUCCGCUACGAGGCACACCACGCUCUGUUGCUUCCUUUUCAUCCCUGCUCGACUCGUAUGGCCAGCCAACCAGCAAGGCCUCUCGAUCCGGCUCUACCCUCGGUCUUGGUCUGCCCACAAACGAGGAGGAGCCCGAGAUUGCAGCCGACCUUCCGAGUCCAAGUGUAUACUCUCCCGUCAAUGCCGCAUUUCCCAGCGAGCAAGAGGCCGAGCACCGGGUGCGGCGAAGUGCGAGCAUGCGACUCGGUCAUCUGCGCAUGCCCUCGACUCGCACACGGAGCGCAAGCGUCAGCAGUCCCAUGAAGUACGAAGACGGCGCAGACAUUCCUACUAUUACCCCCGGCAGACGGUCUGUAGACAGUGUCCCCCAGAUAUCACGUCGCGGCACCACAGCCUCGAGCACACUCCCGCCCAUUCGAGACUCGGCUAUUGGGAUCAGAGACCUUCCCCCGACUCCUCCCCCCAAACUACAUGUACGCAUGCAAUCCGAGUUUACCCUUGGCCCCGAAUUUGCCUCGUACGACGCUCAGCCUACUAGGGGUGUCAGGGUCCAGUCCGGCCGACAGCGAAAGCUCAGGUCGUCCCGGCACCAGCCUCAGCCUCAGCCGUCCGAGAUGGUUAUUCAACUUCCACUGCCAAGCACUGGCACUCCCUCGCCUGCUCAGGAAUCGGUCGGGUCCCCCUCGACGCGAACCAGUACCUCUCAGCUCUCCCUUCUUGUCGAAUCCCCCGAACACGCCUACUCUAAUAAACGCCCCGAGUCUAUACCUGAACAAAAACCCUCCAAACGCACGCACGCCCUCCUCGAACUUUUAUCCUCUGAACGCGCCUAUGCAUCCGACCUCGCCCUCAUACGCGACAUUUUCCUCCCCCUCGCGCAAGGAAAACCAACCACGUUCCCCCUCCCGCCGAGUGUCGGAAGUUUGAUGUUUCCAAUGCACAAAGACCCUCCGAUGAGCGCCCAAGAUGUCAAGAUUGUAUUCGGAAACAUCGAAGAGCUCGCUUCCUUUGCCGACGAACUAUCCGAGCGCUUGGAGCUUGCCUUGGGCAGCGUUGUCCCAGGCGGUACGGGCGACGACCGAGUAGGCGAGCUCUUUUGCGAGUUGGCCCCGAGGAUGACCCCAAUGUACUUGGCGUAUAUCACUCGACACCCUGCAGCUGUCGCCCGAUACGCUCAGCUUUCCACCAACCCCACUCCCGCCAUGGCUCAGUACCUCACAACCACCAAGGCAAUGACGACCAGUAUAACGCAUGCAUGGGAUAUACCCAGUCUAAUCAUCAAACCCCUCCAACGACUACUCAAAUACCCCCUCAUCCUCCAAACCAUCCUCGAAAAUACCCUUCCCUCGCUAAACCACCCAGACCGCGCCACACUCGCCCUAGCCAAAGAAAAAACCGAACAAGUCGCACGACAAGUCAAUGAAGGAAAACGUCGCUGGGAAGUCGUCAAGGGCGUGCUCGAGUCGGGCAAGUCCCCCCCUGGACACGGCUCCAAGACUCGAAGCAUGUUCCGCCCGCGGCCGAGCACGUCCGCCAACGGCAACGAAACGCAAGAGGACCUGGUCGCGCUCGAGAAACGGGUCAAGGAGUGCGCAGACACGGCGAGUCGGAUGGCCGAGCGCGUCGUCGUAUGGGCCGACGCGCUCACGAGUAACACACGAAGCCUGUUCGUCUGGUCCCGCUCGUUCCAGCGCGUCGUCGACCUGGACGUCCUGCUUGGCGGGGACCCACAGGGCGGAUCCGAGGCCGUGCGCGCCUUUUCGGGCGUCGCGCAGGGGCUGGACGAUUUGAGCCGCGAGCUGGCGGCGGUCGUGAGCGAGGAACUCGUGCCGCAACUCCACCGACUCGGGAAAACGAGCAAAGAGCCGCUACUGCUCUGCGCGCAUGCGCACACCCUCGCGGGGGCGCACUACAACCUCAUCAACGCGCCGUACUCCAAGUCUCGUCCGUCGGGGCUGCUCGAGGCCUCGCAGUCGUAUCUCGCGCUCUCGGCCCAGCUCAGGGAGGAGCUCCCGAGGUACAUUGAUAUGUUCGAGCGCGCGCUCGGGAUUAUUGUUUUGAGACUCUCGGGAUGGCAGGCGCGGUACUUUCAAGAGUCCGAGCGUCGCUGGCGCGAGUUUUGGAUCGCGCUCGACGUCGAGGGGGAUACUGAAAACUCGGCGGUCGAGACGGUGCGGAUAUGGUGGAGCCGGUGGGAGUCGACUGCGCGGCAGAUGGCAUCGAUGGCGAUUGUAUCCUCUGGCCCAACCAACAAGCGGGUUUACCGGGAACGAGAACGAGAACGGGAGAGGGAGCGGGAGCGGGAGCGAGUGAGGCCGGACGUGAGUACUCCCACGUCGGACUCGGCGAGCUGGGAUUAUAUUCCGCCCUCUGCCAUGUCGUUUGAUGGGAACGGAAACUCGAAUGGAAAGGGCCAUUCGCGCGCCGUGUCGAGUGACUAUUCUGCCCGGAGUGCCGAGUUUCCUGGAGGGAUAGGCAAAGGGGGAGCAGGGGCAGGAGGAGCAGGAGGGGAAAGAGGGAAAGCGAAAAAGGGCCAAAGAGGAGGGAGCAACCUCCGCCGAGUCACAGAUACCCUAUUCGGCGGGACACCCGCGAGCUACGCCUCGUCGACACCGCAACCAGGAUCAGGAUCAGGAUACGCAACCACACCCUUCCCAUACUCCCCACCACCCUCGUCCUCGAACCCCAACUCGACCCGACCGCCGUCCUCGAACCCGUCGCCGUCCCCGAGAAGCUCGCACCACCCGGUCCUCUACGCUGCCGCGGCGAUCCAUCCGUUCGACCCGGCGACGAGCGCCACGCACCUCGGUCUUCCGUUUUUGAAACUCGAGAUUGGGGAUACGUUGGAGAUUUUGCUCGAGGCGGGCCACCCAAAGGAGCACAAGGAUCUGCCGAUCCCGUACGAUGAUGCGCCGGAUUGUAUGUUGGCUGCUAGGAGCGAGAGGGGUGAGGAAGGGUGGGCGUUGGCUAGUUAUUUGAUGCCGCUUGCUAGUAUGUAG